CAGAUAGUGGUGGAUCAGCGAUCACAGCGCUGCGAGCGUUUCGUAUGCUCCGGAUCUUCAAACUCGCCAAAAAGUUCCCUUCCAUGAAGAUCUUGCUCAGCGCCGGUGUUCAAACACUGAUGUCCAUGGGAGACUUUGUGGCACUGCUCUUCCUGAUCAUUUGCGUGUUCGCCUUGAUGGCUCAGAGUUUCUUUGGUGGCACCUUCAUGUUUGAUCCGGACGAUGGCAGCUUGGUGGCUCCUGAGGACUAUCGCGAAAAAUGUCCCUUUGGUGACGGUGACAAGCCCAUCUGCGUUCCCAGGUCCCACUUCGACACCUUCCUUUGGAGCUUCAUCACGAUCUUUCAAAUUCUGACAGGUGAAAAUUGGAAUACGGUGAUGUAUGAUGGGAUGCGUGCGACUGGAUGGAUUUCCGUUUUCUUCUUCCUCAUGGUGGUGCUGUUUGGGAACUUUGUAAUUCUGAACCUUUUCCUCGCGAUUUUGAUGAGCAGCUUUGACGAGCAGAGAAGCAAACUUCAUGAAGCCAUGGAAAGCAAGCGGGAGCUCUCGAGGGCCACUCAAGUCGACCAACGCUGGGCGUGGGACAGUGGAGCUUUAGCAGUGAUACCAGGUCGAGCUCAGGCUGGUGUUUCGCCCCGUUCAGGCGGAAGUCGAUUCACCACGAGAUUCACCGAAAAGUUUUCAUGGAUUUCACGAUUUGAACUUUGGGGGGAUCAAAACAAAGAAGCGUGUGCGAAACGAUGUGGUGAGAGAUCUUGCUUUUUUUUCUCCAGAGAUGGAGAAAUCCGGAAAGCAUGCCUCGCGUUGACGGCGAUUCCGGCCUUCGACCACGUCAUCAUGGUCUUCAUUGGAUUUUCAUCGGUGGUCAUGGCUUUUGAGAAUCCUUUGCACGAUCCCAAUAGUACACAAGUCAAGGUUUUGGAGGUGUUGAGCACUGUUUUCACUGUCAUUUUCCUCCUAGAGGUGGUGGUGAAAAUGAUUGCGUUGGGAGCAUUCUGCAAUUAUGGUGAUGGUCGCAAAGCAUACUUGCGAAGCUUUGAGAAUGUCCUGGACUUCGUGAUUGUGAUUGUGUCAGUUCUGGAUAGCAUCCAGACAUGGCUUCUUGUGGGCAGCAGCGGCGGUGUAAUUGCAGUGAUGAAGAUCUUUCGAGUUGUGAGGAUGUUGAGGCCCCUCCGCCUCAUUUCGCGCAGCAAGAACCUGAAGGUUGUGGUGAAAACGAUACUAGCUGCCAUUCCAGAGCUGCGAAACCUCCUCGUGUUCAGUUCAUUGUUCUUCUUGAUCUUUGGACUGUUGGCGGUGGGGAAUUUGAAGGGCUCUUAUCACAGCUGCAAAGACCACAUGUUGGAAGACUAUGGGUUUUCACGAUCACCAGAAACGACUCUGAUGUGCAUUGCCGACACCGUUGUAGACAGCAGCUCCAAUGUGUCUUGGGGUAUCAUGUCGCAAAGUCCUGGAACUUGUUCCUCCGGGAGGGAGUGGCAGAGGCGCACCAAGGACACACCGAUUUGUGAGGUGCAUUGCGACAGCUCUAGCCACCCAGCUUGCCAGACUUCACCGUGGGGAUACCACGUGAUGCGCUGCAGUGAUUGCAGCGAGGCCAAUUGCCCCGAAAGCUCCCAGGACCUCAGCCGCCGAGAUUCUUGCCAGCAGCGGUGCGCGAGACAUGAGUACUUCUGCAAGGGGGGUGGAGCAGAGUGUUUGGAGCAGUGCGUGGCCGCUUGUAUUUGCGAAUCCAGCUGCUGGGGCUUGAUCGAGGACGCCGCCUUGUGCACGGAACAAGGUGGGAAAUGGGUGAAUCUAAAUCAAAACUUCGAUAACCUUCUGGUAGGGACCAUUGCCCUCUUUGAGAUCAGCACUACGGAAGGAUGGGUGGAUGUGAUGCUUGCCGCUGUUGACAGUCGAGGACCAUAUCUUCAACCAAGGAGAGACGCCAAUGAAUUUAUCGGCUCAAUGCUCUUCGUAGCCUUCAUGUUGAUAGGCAGCUUCUUUGUCCUGAACCUUUGUGUUGGCGUCAUCAUUGACAAUUACAACAAGCAGAAAAAAGAAAGUGAUAUUCAUUUUGUGCUGGUGACUGACGUGCAAGCCGCAUGGAUGACCCAAAUGAAGGCCAUCUACUUGCGCAGAACGUUCUUCACUCAGGUGAAUGUCGACAGGCUGGGGCCUUCGCGGCAGCAUCGCUUCAGGAUCAUCACAUCAGCUGCUUUCGAAAAUUUGAUCAUGGCUUGCAUCGUGAUACAAUUAUGUUUGUUGAUGAUGGUCUGGCAGCCUCGUGAUUCCGGUGGAUCCUUGGAAGUCUUCUUGGACUCUUGCAACGUGUUCUUCAUCGUUGUUUUCCACAUCGAGUGCUUUGUCAAGCUCAGUGCAUUGUACUGCAACUACUUUCGAGAAUACUGGAACGUUUUCGACUUCAUUUGUGUGCUGACCAGCGAUAUCGUGGCAAUCCUUGAAGCCUCCAUUGCCUCAGAUUCAACGGUGAAUCUCAGCUCCCUUGUCAAUGCCCUGCGCAUAUUCCGCAUCGCUCGUCUUUUUCGACUGGUGCGUGUUCUCAAAGGUCUUAACAAACUGCUCCUUGCCUUUGCCUUGUCUGUUCCGAAGCUCUUCAACGUGGGCCUGGUCAUGGUGUUGUUGCUUUACCUCUAUGCGGUGCUCGGGGUGAGUCUUUUUGCAAAGGUGGCUUAUACAGGCGUCGGAAUUUAUGGCCCUCAAGCGAACUUCCGGACCUUCUUUCAGGCCAUUUCUCUCCUGAUCCGUUCCAUGACUGGCGAAGGAUGGAACUAUAUCAUGCACGACUUGAGCAAGUCCCAAUGGUACUAUGAAAGCGUUCUGGACAAGACCUGCAGAGAAAUGGAUUUGGACAGUAUGGAUUUCGCUUCACUGGAUCUGAACCAGGAUGGUUACGUCGACGAGCCCACGGAAUGUGGCUCUCAAUUGGCGUUUAUAUACUUCAUCUCGUACACUAUCCUGGUGAGUUUCGUGAUUUUGAACCUCUUCAUUGCCGUGAUUUUUGAGGGGUUCGAGGAGAGCCGGGGCAGUGAACCGAUGGAAGUGAUCACCAAGUGCUUGGAGAAUUGGGAACGGUAUGAUCCAUUCAACACCAUGUACAUUCCGCUGAGCAAAGCGCUGGACUUCAUCGAUGAAACAAGCAGCACUUCCACAGAGUCGAGCACCUGGUCUUGCUUGAAAGCUGCCCCGAGACGAGAUGGGCGGCGCCUGACGCAGAGCCGGCGUUUCGAGCGCAAGCAAACACGGAGCACGGCACGGUUAUUCGUGCUUGAGGGCCUUUGAGCAAAGCAUCCAGAGGUCGAUCAAGUUCACAAACCCGGACAGACCUUUCUAAAGAGGGGAAGGACAAGAAAGGCCACAUCUUCAAAGUAGUCCUGAGAUGUUUUUGACCAGAGAGCUGAACUGCAUGCUGCCGUGGUUUGAAGCACAACCUGAAAAUGUGCCUGCUACAUUGGAUAAUGAAGUGUCCAGAGCGUAAUGUAUGAGGUUGAAACAAACGUUGCAAGAGGCUGCAGUUGCUCAAGUUGUGUUGUAUCACCGUUUCCUUGCGAGCUCAGGAAACUGUGGAAGAGCUGAUGCACAUUCCUCAGAAAAAGGCUUGGAAGCAAGGCCACAGUUUGGGCUUUGCGCGCACUGCAGUUAGGCGAGUCACAAACUUUCAGUUUUCAGGAGCGCAAAGCAACCGCAGAAGGGGCAAUGCAUUCCGGAACCUCGCUGGGAUUCGAGAAGCACCAUCGACAUGAAUGCAUCAG